CUCAUUUGAGCUCCACUCCUUUCAUGCUCCUCCCCUGAACUGCAACUGACUCACUGAGCUAAUUUCAUUCCUCUUUCAUUCCAGAGAUUCCUCUGAAAAGCUGUCACCUUUCCAAAAUACCAAGCCAGCUUCCCAACUACCACCACCAGCACCACCACCAACAACAGCAGCAGGGCUAGCCAGAGAGUCCUCCUCAUCCUCACCUGACCUUCAUAUCACACACAGGAGGAGGGGGCAGAGACAAUCCCUCUCAGUGCUGCCCCAAAAAAAAGAAAGAAAAGAAAAAAAAUACAAGUCUUUCCCUUACAAAGUACUGACCAGAGCUGCAUAUUCUAUACCCCCCUCACCCCCCCCCCCCCUCUCACCCCCCAUUCUUGUCUAGGCUGCUGGGUUCUUAGAAUACCCCAAUAGAAUUACCCUGUAUGUUACAAUGUUAAAACUCUGCACAUUUGGACUACUGGCAAGAUCCUGAGAUCAAGUUAGUGUUCACCCUUGGGGUACAAGCAAAAUCUUUGAAGAUCAAACUAUUAAAGACCUCCUGUGUCUGUGACCCUAUUUUUCGUUGUGAGAGGAGUUCUCUUCUCUUGUUUUCUGAGUCAGCCGCCACAGGUUGAGGCUUGGAGGAGCCUCUCCUUUCCCUCCUACGCACAAAGAAAAAAUGGACCCCAAUGGAUGGAGCGAGGCUGGCAGUCCAGCAGAAAGCACAGGUGAUCUUGGUGAUUCCAUGGAAAAGAGUUUGGACAAUGAUGCAGAAGGUGUAUGGAGCCCAGAUAUCGAGCAAAGCUUUCAGGAAGCACUGGCCAUUUACCCACCAUGCGGAAGACGCAAAAUUAUCUUAUCAGAUGAAGGCAAGAUGUAUGGUCGGAACGAACUGAUUGCCAGAUACAUAAAACUUCGGACAGGCAAGACGCGCACAAGAAAGCAGGUGUCUAGUCACAUCCAGGUUCUAGCACGGAGGAAGUCCCGUGAGAUCCAGUCCAAGCUGAAGGCUAUGAACAUGGAUCAGGUUGCAAAAGAUAAAGCUCUACAGAGUAUGGCCGCGAUGUCUUCAGCGCAACUCGUAUCAGCCACAGCAAUUCAAAAUAAGUUGGGGGUACCCAGAAUCCCACAACCCCAAUUCCAACCCACUCCAGGGGCCACAGAGCUUUUCCAGUUCUGGUCAGAUGGACCUGGUCAGCCACGACCGCCACAGGACAUUAAGCCGUUUUCUCAGCCUCCAUACCCCAUGCAGCCUGCUCCCCCUCUUCCUGCCGUACCAGGUUAUAAUGCUAGCCCUGCCAGUCUCUCCCCUGUGCCUACAGGGCCUGCUUGGCAAGGUCGUUCGAUCGGCACUCCAAAAUUGCGCUUGGUUGAAUUUUUGGCUUUUAUGGAACAACAAGGAGAACCAGAUACGUACAACAAACAUCUGUAUGUGCACAUCAGCCAGUCAAAUCCCUCCUAUAGUGAUGCUCUGUUGGAAUCUGUGGAUGUCCGUCAGAUCUAUGACAAGUUUCCAGAGAAAAAGGGAGGCCUGAAAGAACUUUAUGAGAAGGGUCCACCCAAUGCUUUCUUCCUGGUCAAAUUCUGGGCUGACCUUAAUACGAGCAUCCAGGAUGAACCAGGUGUAUUCUAUGGUGUCAGCAGCCAAUAUGAGAGUCCUGAAAAUAUGACCAUAACCUGCUCUUCCAAAGUCUGUUCCUUUGGGAAACAAGUGGUAGAGAAAGUAGAGACAGAGUAUGCGCGGUUUGAAAAUGGACGUUUCCUGUACCGAAUCCAUCGCUCUCCUAUGUGUGAAUAUCUCAUCAACUUUAUCCACAAACUGAAACAGCUUCCGGAGAAAUACAUGAUGAACAGUGUGUUAGAAAACUUCACUAUAUUGCAGGUGGUUACAAAUCGGGAAACCCAGGAAUUACUUUUGUGCAUAGCAUACGUCUUUGAAGUGUCAACCAGUGAACAUGGAGCUCAGCAUCACAUCUAUCGACUGGUCAAAGACUGAGCUAAAAAGCAGUUCUCCCUUCCCCUUUACUAAGCCAUGUAGGACUGGCUAUUAUGAGCUUGGGAAAAAGGUGGAUACGUCUCACAUUGUCCCCAGACCUCUCAACCUUUCACGGGACAGGAGACUAUAAAAAAGGGGAUGGGACCCUUUAAUCGAUGCAUGGACGGAAGGGGAAGGGCCACAAAACCACAAAGACCUCACCCUAACAGAACCUUUCUGUGUUAUGUUUUGAGCCAAAAGGAAUAUAUAUAUAUAUCUAUAUUAUAUAUAAAUAUAUGUUUGUGUGUGUGAAACAAUUUCCAAGCUGGGAAGCCAUGUAGAAACCUACAUCAGUCAUAAUGGUUAAAAAAAAAAAAAUCUCUUUUACAAUAUGUUGCUGCCAAGUGCAUCACUUCACGGUACGGUUCCGAUAUUUUAUUUUAAUUCUAAGGAAUUUUGGGUAACAUCGGAGAUAUUCCUGUCCUAUACCCAGAGGUUGCUUUUUUCCGUAGCUCACUGGAUUCCACUGAAAUGUUAUGUCGGCACUUUCUGUGGUAGAAACAUCCCAGCUAUCAUCACUACUUUGUAGCCCACUAUUUUUUUUUCUUUUAUUUGGUAAAAGUAGGCUUGCACAGUGAUAUUUUUUUGUAUUCUUUGUAUUUUAUUUCUACACUGGCUCACUCUGUGCUCUUUGUUUUGUGGACAGCUUUUAAUGACUUAAGAUAUCAAGAUUAACUUAUCAGGGAGUAGAGCAAAGCAAAUCCUACUGUGUUAUCGUUUUGAUGCACCUUGGCCUUAAGUAUACUAGAGAUAGAAGCCAAACAGGUGUACUUCUUCAUUAUGGACUUGUGAAGUUAUCUGAAGGUCAGGAGGUGUUUAUAAUGUGAGUAAUGUUGGCUAGUUGAGUAGUUAACCUUCUUGCCAAGAAGCCUCUUUUUCAGCUUGGAGAGAAGACAAAAUUAGGCACCGUCAUGGGGUUCCUCAGCCAUGCUUUUUCUUGUAGGAAAAAUAGACCAACGAGCAUUCUGUUUUUACUUCCAGUCGAUUUUCUGUGAUGAAUAAACCAGGGGGCUCUGUCCUAAGCUCCCAUCUGGUGGCAGCAUGUCAUUUUGUUUCUCUUAUAAAAAGCAAGCAAAGAAGAAGGAAGAGACUUGCCAAUGAGACAAAACACUGAAGAAUUUAUGCCUUGACCUGUUGGACUAUUGACACGUAUCAUUGGGAAUAAAAAAAUGUCUUGAGACUUGACAUGCACACUCUUCUGUCACACAUUCAGUGCCUAAAAUGAAAGUGGAAAGAAAAAGACAAACAUUUUUAGUUUUUGUAUUGAAAAGCUGAUAUGCUUUUGAGUGGAUUUGAUACUGUAUUAUGAAAAUAAUAAUGAAAAAAGUGUACUUAGCUGACUGCCCACAGUCUGCAUGUCCUGCCAAUGGUGUAUCCCAGCACUCCAGAAGAUGAGCAGCAAGUGAGGUGGAUUAGUAUUCAAGAGACGAGACUCUGACUUACUCUUUACACUACUGUAUGUAUUUUGAUGGAGAGGGGAAGGAAGGAGCAAUAUCGAAAUUGGAUUUCAGCAGAGGAAUAUCAUGUGUUAUGCUGUGUUAAGCUCAUAAUCACAAAGACAUUGUAGCGAUCUAUUGUUCAAUGGAAGUAUAGAAUGGAUUCAAAAUGGUGGCUUCAAAUGACAUUGGUAUGUGGGUAUAUUUCAGUAGUAUCCCGAAAGAAAGUGCCAAAGUAAAUAUUAAACCAAAAAAAAUU